UUCGUCUUCAUUUCAUUCUAAAACGACCCGCGGAUGUCCAAAAAUUGCAGGUGUUCGUUUUACUUCGAUAACUACCACAUAAAGUCGCUGAUAAAGAGCAAUGUGGUGAAAUACUUGACCGAUUUAGGGAUCAUACCGGUGGUUUACUGCCAAAAGGCCACCCAAAUCGAUGCUGGGACCACCUACGAAAUGCCGAAGAAGAAGAAGGGCGUUUGCAAAUUUCGAAAGCGGAAAUUCGAAGGGUUCGUCGGGAGUAAAGGGGACGUUAUUUUGGAUUUGAUGCCUAAGAAAGUGGCCACUCUCAGAACGGGGCAAAUGGUGAAGAUACCCGUACGUUUACAAAUCCUGUGCAACUUCGUCCUGAAAAACGCCGAAGUGGAGGAAAUUUUCAUCAAACCGGGACAUCAGAUUAAGCAAGAAAACAUCAAAGCGGUACUAAACAAAGGCGAAGCCCUGCCGGCGGACGCGAACCCCGUCGACGUGGCCCAGAUAAUCCUGCAGUUCCUGAAGGAGCUGCCGGUGCCGGUGAUCCCCGAGUGCCAGCACCAGUUCCUGCUGACCUGCUACGACCACGCCGACAGGGAGGACGUGCUGCCGUUGGCCUGCCUCCUGCUGCCGCCCAACCACGUCAACCUGCUGGCCUACCUGAUGCAGUUCUUCGAGCAGAUCUCCACGCACCACAAGAGGAACAAGAUGACGGUGGCGACGCUGGGGAAGUGCGUGGGGCCGCUGAUCAUGCCCGUCAACGCGCCCGAGGACAUCAAGAAGGUGGUGAACAUCAUGGUGACGUUGAUGAGGAGGGCCGAUCUGAUCGGAAUGGUGCCGGAGCUGAUGACGUUGGAGCCGAAGCCUAGUCGCAGGAGGCGCUCGUGGGUCGAGUCGUUGCUGAAGAGGUGUUGAACAGCUCGAGGAGGUGAAGGUGAUUGUAGAAAUCGUAAGGUAAGCAACUUAAGUGAAUUGAUCAACUGUAGUUUAUGGUUAACGUGGAAGAUUGGCAAGUAAGAUGAAGUUCACAAUAGUUGGUAUAACAGUCGAAUGUAAUUUGAAAUAUAAGUAACUCUGAAAUCAUAUUUCCAUCUAAA